AUACAAAACGCUAAUAACCUGCCGCAUGGCUCGUUGCUUGCACAAUUAUUCCCACGUUUGAUAAAGACGCAAAUUGUCGGGUAAUAACUCAAAAGAAAGGUUAAAAUGAACUUAAGAUAGCAGUUAGCUAUCUCAAACUUUAACAACAAGCUAUGAAAACAGUAACUCCUGAAUGCCAGCAAAUAUUUUAGCAGAGAACUAACAAACGACAACCAAACACUGUAGCCGAAUUAUUUUAUCUCACACUAAAAGUUAGUUAUAGAAACUUUUAUAUCUGCCCUUGCGUAAAAAGUGUGUCCUCUCCGACCAGACGUCCAGUUUUACUCACCACAUAUGUGUCCUGUCGUUUAUAAUUCCUCCCCUCUUCAGCGCCGUUUUUAUUCCAAACGUGAUAUGAACUGGUCUGGCGAAUAAGAAAGGCCAAUUUUCUUUUUUGGAAGUGAAAACCGCAUUUUAGCGGUGCCAAUAUCGGCGCCAUGUUUCACAACGGAGGAAGACGAUCAGUCAACACGCCGGGUUACGCGUCACAUCCGGCUUACGUUGACAUCGGAGCGUAACUGUUAAUAGCAGUCAGAGGCAACGAGGGCUUUUUCAUCCUGUUUUUGUCAAGUGGAAGAGAUUGAGCAGACUUCGACAAAACGCGACAAAGUAAUUGAAUCUAUUUGAAUGCGAUUCUCACAGAUCCUGUCCGAGUGGUUGCCGUGUCAGUCGUAGAAGUUUGAGUUGAAAAAGCUAAAGACAGAGCACGUUUUCCCCCCUGUUACCGCAUUAGCGUGGCGCUCUCAUUAAGACACGCUAGCUGGCAUUAGCAUUGAAACGUUUUGACCUCGCUGUCAGGAUGCCAUGCCACAAUCAGCAGCUCAACAGUGUCAACAGUGGCCAGGAGCACCCGAUGAAGCAGGUUCGGUUUGCGAACAGCAGCAGCAGUGUGCCUGCGGUGCUGAACAGCUCUGAACCGACUGAUGUCCCCUCGCAGCCGGUCAGCCAGGACAGCCUGGGUCCUCAGCUGAAGCUGCUCCCUCUGAACGACCAGAUCCGAGAGUUACAGACAAUAAUCAGAGACAAGACGACCAGCAGAGGAGAUUUUGUUUUCUGUGCAGACCGACUGAUCAGACUAGUAGUUGAAGAAGGCUUGAACCAGCUUCCCUUCUCAGAGUGCACCGUCACCACUCCCACAGGGUACAAGUAUGAGGGAGUCAGGUUUGAAAGAGGCAACUGUGGAGUCAGCAUCAUGAGGAGCGGUGAAGCCAUGGAGCAGGGCCUCCGGGACUGCUGCCGCUCCAUCCGGAUCGGAAAGAUCCUCAUCCAGAGCGACGAGGAGACCCAGAAAGCGAAGGUCUACUACGCAAAGUUUCCCCCGGAUGUGUACAGAAGAAAAGUGCUGCUCAUGUAUCCCAUCCUCAGUACAGGGAACACGGUGAUCGAGGCCGUCAGGGUGCUGAUAGAACACGGAGUCCAACCCAAGCACAUUAUUCUCCUCAGCCUCUUCUCCACACCUCACGGAGCCAAGUCCAUAAUCCAGGAGUUUCCAGACAUCACCAUCCUGACCACAGAGGUUCACCCAGUGGCGCCAACACAUUUUGGACAGAGAUACUUUGGCACUGACUAAACAGGACAAACUGCUUUUGGCAUAUUUUCUGCAGGCUUUGUCUCUGUAUCUCAUAAUAUCCUUGUGUCAUGUAGUACUAUUUACUCAAGUUGUUGAACUGACACCUAAUGAUUGACGUCAUUACUUGUAUUUAUUGCUCUAUUUUAUUUUUUUGUGUGCUUUCUAUGCUCAGACUGUAGAGAGAAAACCACAAAGAUUAAAACAUGAAUCGUUUUAUUUUGCGUUGUAUGAACAGAUGAAUCAAUAAAGAAUUUAUAUUUGUUUACAGACAGGACAAUACAUGAAA